GUCAGAGCUGUGUAAGUAGGAGUUCACUCGUUUUCAUCUCGUCUGCGUACCGUAGAGUAACAGCUGGCGUUUUUUCCAUCAUCUUGUCCACAUACGAUCCAUCCUUCACUUCGGCAGCAUAUCGAAUCAUCGAAAUGGGCAAGAUGAAGGCGCAAAGGUUCUGGGGGAAAGAAGAUUUGCGAUAUGAAGACAUUGAUGAGCCGCAAUGCUCAGCCGGCAAGAUCAAGAUUAAGCCAGCGUGGUGUGGCAUUUGCGGCACAGAUCUCCACGAAUACAUGGGCGGCCCGAAUCUCUGCCCGGAAAAGGAGCCGCACCCCAUCACGGGGGAGAAGGUGCCGUUGACUUUUGGCCACGAGUUCUCCGGCAGGAUUGAGGAGAUCGGAGAGAAAGUGUCGGACAAGUUCAAAGUAGGGGACCGAGUGGUUGUGCAGCCCAUCAUCUACGACGGCGAGUGUGGCUCGUGUACUGAGGGCUUGAUCAAUUGCUGCGACAAGAAUGGGUUCGUGGGCUUGAGCGGGUGGGGAGGUGGCUUGGCUGAUCAUAUCGUUGUGCCCGAGUACGCGGUGUUCAAGGUGCCGGACAAUGUACCGCUGGACGUUGCAGCGUUAACCGAACCUCUUGCGGUCGGCUGGCACGCGGUUAACCUCUCUCCAUACAAAGAUGGCGACUCGGUACUUAUUCUGGGGGGUGGGCCGAUCGGGCUCGCCGUACUCCAGGCACUGAGAGCACGAGGUUGCAAACAGAUCAUCGUGUCGGAGAUCUCAGCAACCAGGAAGAAGUUUGCGAAGGAGUUUGGCGCGCACGUCAUCAUCGAUCCGAGCAAAGAAGACAUCGUCGCCCGCUGCCGUGAACUGUGUGAUGACAAGGGCGUCCACGUUGCCUUUGAUGCGGCGGGGGUACAGAUGGCCAUGGAGCAAGCCGUACGUUGCGUGCGGGCUCGAGGGACGUUUGUGAACAUUGCCAUCUGGGAGAAGCAGGCCAAGAUCAACACCAACGACUUCAACUUUCGCGAGAGGCAUUACGUGGGCGUCGCGACUUAUAUGGGCGGCGACUUUGACGAAGUGCUCGCUGCGUUGUCGGAUGGACGGCUGGACAUGAGCCGCAAGAUGAUCACCAAGAAGAUCGAGUUGAACGAGGUGCUUGAGGAGGGAUUCAAGACAUUGAUCAAUGAUCGCGAUAAUCAGGUCAAGAUUUUGGUGAAGAGUUCGGGAGAGAUGUGAUUGAUAGGAACAGUAUAUGAGGAUAAACGAGAUCAAUGUUGAAAGGUCCUGAUCGAUGCGG